CCGCCACCAUGGCCUGGCUGUUGCUGGGCGCAGUGCUGUGCAUGCUGCGUGUCGGGCUGGGCACUGAGGGCUCCCUGCCUGCUGCGCCCCACAACUGCCCUUACAGAUGCGUCUGCGCCGCCGACCUGCUGAGCUGCGCAGGUCUGGGGCUGCAGGACGUACCGGGCGCGUUACCUGCCGCGGCCGCAGACCUCGACCUGAGCCACAACGCGCUCCAGCGGCUGCGCCCCGGCUGGUUGGCGCCCCUCUCCCGGCUGCACACCCUGCGCCUAGACCACAACGCGCUGGAUGCGCUGGGUCGCGGCGUCUUCACCAACGCUAGCAGCCUAAGGCUGCUGGAUCUAUCGUCCAACGCACUGCGGGUCCUUGGCCGCCACGACCUCGACGGGCUGGGGGCUCUGGAGACGCUGUUCCUGUUCAAUAACCGCCUGGCGCACCUGGACGAGCACGCCUUCCAUGGCCUGCGCGCACUGGGCAGACUCUACCUGGGCUGCAACGAACUCGCAGCCUUCUCGUUCGACCACCUGCACGGCCUGGGCGCGCCGCACCUGCGGACGCUGGACCUCUCCUCCAACCGGCUGGGGCACAUCUCCGUCGCCGGGCUGGCCGCGCUGCCGGCCUUCCUCAAGAACGGCCUCUACCUGCACAACAACCCGCUGCCCUGCGACUGCCGCCUGCACCACCUGCUGCAGCGCUGGCACCAGCGGGGCCUCAGCGCUGUGCGCGACUUCGCCCGCGAGUACACGUGCCUCGCCUUCAAGGUGCCCGCCUCCCGCGUGCGCUUCUUCCAGCACAGCCGCAUCUUUGAGAACUGUUCGGCUGCCCCAGCCCCGGGCCUCGAGCCACCGGAAGAGCUGCUGCACGCGCAGAUGGGGCGGUCCCUGAGGCUACACUGCAACACCAGCACCCCGGCCGUGCGUGUCGCCUGGGUGUCACCGCAGCACGAGCUGCUCGUGGCGCCCGGCUCUCGCGACGGCAGCAUUGCGGUGCUGCCCGAUGGCAGCUUGGCCAUAGGCAAGGUGCAGCAGCAGCACGCAGGCGUGUUCGUGUGCCUGGCCGCCGGGCCGCACCUACACCACAACCAGACCCUCGAGUACAACGUGAGCGUGCACUUCCCGCGCCCGGAGCCAGAGGCUUUCAACACGGGCUUCACCACGCUGCUGGGCUGUGCCGUGGGCCUGGUGCUGGUGCUGCUCUACCUGUUCGCCCCGCCCUGCCGCACCUGCUGCCGCUGCUGCCGCAGAACCUGCCGCUGCUGCUGCCCCUGGCCUCGCGCGCCCAGCCCGCUGCAGCAGCUCAGUGCACAGUCCUCGGUGCUCAGCACCACGCCCCCAGACGGACCCAGCCGCAAGGCCAGCGUCCACAAGCACGUGGUCUUUCUGGAGCCGGGCAGGAGGGGCCUCAAUGGACGCGUGCAGCUGGCCGUCGCCGAGGACUUGGAGCUCUACAACCCGGUGGGCCUGCACCUCAAGGCCAGCUCCGAGUCUGCCAGCUCCACGGGCUCUGAGGGGCUCAUGAUGAACUAGGUGGCCCUGCCCCUGCCGCGGGCAGAGAACUGCCAGAAGCUGCUGGAAAGCUCCGCAGGGUCUCCCAGCAUCCCGUGUGGGCCGCGACCUAAACCACGAUGGCCUCGCGUGCGGGCAGAGGGGGCGGCCUUAGCGCGCCUGCGCCUCGGCCUCGCAGGGCCUGUAGUGCUGCUCUCCCCGCACGCUCCCUGCGCCCGCCCGGCAGGAACUGAGUGCUGUUAGCGCCCUGGCACUGCAGCUCCAGGCCUCCCAACAGGCUGCAGCAGCUUGCCCAGGAGGGUGGCUCAGAUCUAAGGAGAGGCUCCGAGGGACAAUGAGCCCCUCCCCUUCCGGACGGCAGGGAGACAGACCUCUCCUCGGGACGACACAACUUGCCCCUCCCCGCCACCUCCCUGCUGAAAGCUUCAGCAUGUCAAGCGGCCAGAAGCGCCACCCACAGCCCGUGGUGCCCGGCUGAGCCGCAGCCCGAGCGCCAUGCCCUCUGGGCAGAGCGUCGACCACAGCCUGUCCCUUGGGCUCAUGGGGCCGCAGUGCAGGGCAUCCAGCAGUAAAAAGCCUGCCGAGCUCUCCAGGCUGGGAGCGCGGCCGGAACUCCACGUCCCUCGAGGGCAGGGGCCUCUUAAGCGCUGGCGCGGGCUGCAGUCUAAUAGCUAGGGCGGUGCCGGGCUCAUGUGCAUCUCAGCACUGCUAGAAUCAGGGAAGCAGGAAGGGGGCCUGGGGAGCCCUCGAGGCUGGGGGUUGAGUUGGGAAUCCACGGGUGUCCUGGCCCCUGCGGUUGUGGAGUUUCUUAAUAAAAGACAGUGCAUGCUCAUGCCGGAGCCUU